AUGGCGAGAUCGGAUGAGGCUGCUGCGUUUUUCGCAACAGUGUAUUCAGCAGUGCGCGAGAUACCAGAAGGAAAAGUCACCAGUUACGGCCACAUUGCCAAGCUCAUCGGCACCCCCCAGCGUCCACGCCAAGUCGGUGUCUGCUUAAAGCACCUCUCACACGAUGCGGGCGCCCGCUUCAACAAUGUGAAUGUCCCAUGGCAGCGGGUCAUCAACGCGAAGGGGGCAAUUUCUCAACGAUCACAGCCUUCUGGAGCCCGCAAUCAAGCUGCAGCCCUUCAAGCCGAAGGAGUCACAGUAGCUACUGGGGCUCUGGGAGAAUUGACAGUAGAUUUUGCAGAAUAUGGUUGGUUUCCGCGUUCGUUGCCGUCUGAAGAGGAAUCAGAGCUGGAUGACGAUGAUUCGGAAUAG